GUUGGAUCGGCGGUGCGACGUGGUGGGAAGAAUCCAAACGCCACUUGGGCCAUUGGUCCUCAUUUCGAUUCCAUUCUCCGGGAGGCAUUACACUCCAUGAUCUCCACAAGAAAUCAUCACUUACCGGACCACUGAUUUCUAGAGAGAAGAACCCAUUUUACAAAUACCAUUCAAGUUCGAAGCUGCUCACAGUUGGUAUCCGAUCAGAUUGAUUGUUGUUCAAAAGGCACUUGCUUUCAAUCCACUUCCACAAUGAUUCCCGCGCAGACAAGGUUUGCCCACACUACGGCGGUUGUGCUUCUUAUUACCUCCAUUGGUUAUUCGAAUGCUUUCACAGCUUCUGGACAAGUCUCCUUGCAAUCCAGGAAUGCGGGGACAAGAAUCGCUUAUCAAACUGCUUUGCCUCUGCCCAAGCCAUGGUCCGCUACCCACAAAAGUGGACCUGAAACUGCAUUGUUCAUCAGCUGGCCCGGGAAUAACGACAAAGCAAGCGAACAGGAAGGCAAACGGGAUACUGCACAGUCGCAGCUGAAACUAUCUGGUGAGACGGCUGAAGUUUCUCUGUCCAGCUUUUUCUCGGAUGUGACGAGAACCGAGAGCAUUGAGGACUUUGUAGCCCCAAUUUCCGAUGUGCUAGAUGAUACAACGGGUGGAUGGGCACUAUCUUAUGCCAAUUUGGAGCCCGAAACAGAAAGCACUCCGAUUGGAAUAUCAUUCUUGGCGACAAACAUUGCUUAUGGACUGGCUGGUAGUCUCCUUGUGGCUCAAGGCAAUACCUUCUUGGGCGCUCUGACGGAGUUGGCCUGCAUCGCCAGCUUUGGCUACCACUACUCCCAGCUGAAGUUCGGACAGGAAGGUUCACGCAUUGUUCGGUUGGCCCUCUUGGUGGAUUAUUUCUUUGCCUUGUCGGCAAUUGCUGUAGGAAGCGUGCAGCUAAUCUUUGCUCACAGCAUUCCGCCAGAGAUCUUUGUGAGCGGAGCAGCUGCUAUUGUUUCUUUGGGUUUAUGCUGGGUUUGGGAGGAAGGCAUCACGUACAUCUUUCUGCACUCCCUCUGGCAUCUCUUCAGUGCGUACACGGGCUAUAUGAUUGGAAGUACUCAAUAAACAGUCUAGUCGAGAGAUGGCAUGGUGGCUGCGGUGAGAAAAGUACCUUUUCCUGCAUGCACGUACAUACAGAAACAAACACAAACUUGAGAGAGCGAGCACAACGAAUCUAUUCAAAUGGAGUGGCAAGAAAGCUGAAAGUGUAAGCUACAUACAAUAUACACGACUAAGAGCUACUACAUGUAUAGUAUGUGAAGAAGGAUGGAUGGGUGAAGGAGUGGGUAGCAGGCGAUGCAUGAUCGGGAAGCCAAAUGAUGGCAAGAAUUUGUUUGAUUAGCCAUAUCAUACACGUACUUUAUCUACUAUAACAACGAGCAUCCCUUCCCUUAGCUGUCUGACUUGCGCAUAGUAAUAGAGUCAAAGCUCCUCCUACGAUCACAAGUUGGAUGAAGAUAGAUACCGGUAGAGUAAGGUAGCCUGGCAGAUGCAGAGACAAAGACAACGGCUACAACAUGUUCUUGUCACACCUCUAUUGUUAUUCUUGGAUCAGCAUCGAUCAUCAAGCCCACGGAGAGAGCAAGGCUAUGGCAACAUUUUUUUGAUCCUCCAAACCUGUACCGGUACCGGCACCGCUAACACCCAUACCUACCGGUACCGGUACCGGUGGUGGUGAGAGGAAGGUGGGAUACCGGUCAGGGCACGACCAACCACUCCUAUUGAUAGCCUUGCUGGCUUGAGUGUCCGUCCAGCUGCAGCGGCGUCAUUGGCGGC